GUGCCGCGUCAGGCUGCGGCUGCCCACCGCUUCGCUCCAACCUUAUCUUAUAUCUAACGCAGCUCCUCCACUCAUUUCUUCUUCUUUCUUCCUCAUACACCCAUCGCCAAGAGAUUAGCCAUGCCGAGCAGCCGAGCAGCCGAGCACCACCACAACAGCUAGGAAGAUGGAAGAGCUUUGACGCCGGCCGUCGGCACCAACAGCCGGAGCUCCUCCGUUGCAUAGCUGGAGGCGGCAUAGCUGCAAAGCAGCGCCCAUGGAGGGGAGCCAUGGUGAGCACCACCACAACAGGGGGGGAACCGGGAGGUGCUGCCGGCGAUACGAAACGGCGCUCGUCAACGAACGCCGGUGCUGCAACACACCAACGCGUCGACGGCCGCCAGUAUGCAACACAACAACUUGUCCACGGCCAUCACGGUGCGUUGCAACCUCGUCCGUGAUGCAAUGUAACCUCCGGCGCAGGCGACGAAGCUGCAAUGGAGCGCUCGACGCCGACGGCAGAGCUGCAAUGGACUGCUCGGCGCACGCGGCGGAGCUGCAUUGGAGCGCUCGACGCAGGCGGUGGAGCUGCAAUGGAGCUGCUCGGCGCAGGCGACGGAGCUGCAAUGGAGCUUCUUGA